UUGAGAUUCCAAUAAUUAAAAAUUGGGUAAUCGAUAGCAAUUGGAUGGUGGAAUAGAAGUUCAAUCAAUUCCUUCAAGUGAAACUUGUUAAGUACGUAAUUCAGUCAUCGUUCUCCAUGUCGUCGUCGUCGCCACCCAAAAAAUCCCAGGAACGAGGCUUUAACCGCGUUCUUUUUCAAUGCGCAGACCUCAUCCUUCCAUGGCUAAACCCUCAAGAACUGGCUAAUGUCUCCCUCACCUGCAAAACCCUUCACCAAAUCGCUCAACCCAUCACUCUCCACCGCUCCCUCGACGCUUCAAGAUCCUUUGAAAACCUUCCCAUUCCAUUUCACAACACCGUCGAUCAACACCCUUAUGCCUUCUUCAUUUACGCUGCGUCUCAAAUCAUCCCUUCUUCUUCUUCUUCUUUGAACCUCCAGUUUUGGGGACCCAACUCGUCGGGUGCUGAAAUGGGUUGUGCUCGUGACUCGAUGAUUCGACCCGGGGCGAGCUGGGUGACUGUGGUGGACGAUUCAGGGUGUGAGUGUGAGAAUUGUGAAAAAGUGAGUGAAGACAAUGUGAUUGGAUGUCCGUGCAUGGAGCUGAGAGAGGACGAGGGGAUGGGGAUAAUGAGCGAGUGUGGAACGGGUUGCGGAUGCGGUUUGGAGUGUGGGAAUCGGAUGAGUCAGAGAGGAAUACGAUUCAAGUUGAAGAUUGUGAGAGAUAAAAGAAAAGGGUGGGGAUUAUAUGCUGCUCAAUUGAUCCAACGAGGCCAGUUCGUCUGUGAGUAUUCAGGUGAGCUUUUAACAACCAAAGAGGCUAGGAGGAGGCAACGAAUCUAUGAUGAACUUGCUUCAAAUGGCCGCUUUUCGUCCGCACUUCUAGUUGUUAGAGAACAUCUUCCAUCUGGCAAUGCUUGCUUGAGGAUUAAUAUAGAUGCCACGAGAGUUGGAAACGUUGCUCGCUUCAUUAAUCACUCGUGUGAUGGCGGUAACCUAUCGACAGUACUCAUGAGAAGCUCAGGGGCUUUGGUGCCUCGUCUUUGUUUCUUCGCUUCAAAAGACAUAAAAGAAGACGAGGAGCUCAGUUUUAGCUACGGCGAAAUUAGAGUCCGGCCUACCGGCUUGAAAUGUAUCUGCGGCAGCUCUGGUUGUUUCGGAACUUUACCUUCAGAGCAUACUUGAAAGGCACCUCAGAGAAGUCAACUAAACGGCAUUGCCCCGCAAGUGACUGGUAAUGAUAAAAAAAAAAAGCCAACAACCGAGGGGACGGC